AUGUCUGCAAAAUCGACACAAGGGCCUGGCGGCAAGAAGCCAGCGUCUGUAGCUACAAACCUGAUUGCUGGUGGAGGUGCUGGCAUGAUGGAAGCGCUCGUGUGCCAUCCUCUAGAUACAAUCAAAGUACGCAUGCAAUUGUCAAGACGAGCUCGCGCACCCGGGGCACCCAAGCGUGGAUUCCUCACCACGGGUAAAGAAAUUGUCAAGAGGGAGACUGCACUGGGUCUCUACAAAGGUCUUGGUGCUGUGCUUACCGGCAUUGUGCCAAAAAUGGCAAUUCGCUUCACCAGUUACGAAAAGUACAAGCAACUAUUGGCAGACAAGGACGGGUUGGUUACUUCAAAAUCCACCUUUAUGGCUGGUCUGGCCGCGGGUAUUACAGAAGCUGUCCUUGUAGUUACGCCCAUGGAAGUCGUAAAGAUUCGCCUGCAAGCCCAACAUCACUCCAUGGCCGAUCCCCUCGAUGUCCCCAAAUACCGCAAUGCCGCCCACGCGCUCUACACUGUGUUGAAAGAAGAGGGUGCCGGUGCUCUAUGGCGAGGUGUUUCACUUACGGCACUACGUCAGGGAACCAAUCAGGCUGCCAACUUUACUGCCUAUUCGGAGCUCCGAUCCCAACUACAAAAGUUCCAUGGCACAAAUGAUCUGCCUGGCUAUGAGACGAGCAUGAUUGGAUUAAUCAGUGGUGCUGUUGGGCCGUUUACCAAUGCGCCGAUUGAUACAAUCAAGACGAGGUUACAAAAGACACCUGCGGUGCCAGGACAAAGCGCGCUGCAGAGAAUCACAGCCAUUGCUGCCGACAUGUGGAAACAAGAAGGAAUCCGCAGUUUUUACAAGGGUAUCACGCCGCGUGUGAUGCGUGUCGCGCCCGGUCAGGCUGUCACGUUUACUGUAUACGAGUAUUUGAAGGGAGUCUUGGAAAAGGGACGGGAUAUGAUUCCUGGUGGACAGUAUGAGGAGUAG